ACACACAAGUUAACAGUAGAAGACUCCAACUGAAGUUAAACCUACAAACAGCUGAUUAUAAACACAAUACAAGCGGAUAAAAAGAAUUAAAACACGGAUAAAAAAUGGCUUCCUGCCUCGUCCCAGACUUCCCGGCCGUUUUGGCGGCUCUGGAGCAUUUAAAGGAGCUGGACAAGCAGCUGAAAGAGGAGAGGGUCUCCUUCUCACCUGAAGCCAGCCUCCACCUGACGGAGAUCACAGCUGCUGUCACUGAGCUGGAGGCGGACAGACGAGCCGCUCACGAACAUUUAGAAGUGGAAACCAUAGAAAACAGCAAGCUGAGACACCAGAUUAACAAUCUAAGAGAGAGAAUGAGCCAGGAGAUCAUGGCUGACGUAGCAGCAGCCCGGGCGUCUAACGCAGAGGAGAUAGAGGAGCUCCACAAAGACCUCCACACGGUGUCCCAGCUGCAGGAGGCCACUGUGAGGAGGCAGGAGGUCCUCCAGAGCCAGAACGAAGAACUGUGUCCACAAAGAGAGCAGGUGAAGGCCGAGCACGAGGAGAUCAUCGCUGCUCAGAACGAGCAGAUCACCGUGAAGUACGGCUUGCAGAUGCAGCUGGACCGGACCAGGGACCAGAUCGAGGAGCUGGAGUCGUGCAUCGCUGCUGUCGGACAGGAGACAAUAACGCUGCAGCAGAAGAUGGUGGUGGAGAGAGAAGCUGUCGCCGUGAAGAAAGAAAACCUGACUAGAGAGGUGGACCAGGUGGAGGAGAAGAUCAAGCAGGAAAAGCAAACGAUCAGGAGCAGCAGAAGAGAGUUGAACCUACUUAAUGAUAAGAAACAAGAAGCUCAGGACCGUCUGAGCGAGCUCAUGUUUGACGUGGCAAACCUGGAAGGAAACGCACGAAGAAUGGCAGAAUCUCGGAGUCUGUGUGAGAAACAUCUGCAGGCGGAGACCCAGAAGCAUCAAGAGCUGAAGCUACAGAGAGAAACCUUAAAGAAGGAGCUGCUCGAGUUAGGAGAAGCCUUUAAAGAAACCGUCAAGUGUCUAAAAGAGGAAAUUGGCACGGUCGAAAGUAGAAUAAAACAGGGCAGAACGUCGAGAUUGCAGUGCCAGAACUCCCUGGCUCAGAUCUACGAGGUGUUCAAGCAUCAGCGCGAGGAGGAGAACGAGGUAAAGGUGGAGUAUUUCUACGUCUCGCAGCAGCUGGAGCGCUCCAAGCUGCAGCUGGAGGAGCGCAUCGCCUCCAUCGUCAAACACGGCAAGCAGAUCAAAGAGAUGGACAAGCAGAUCGCAGAACUCCGAGAAGUCGACACCAUCACCAAGAGAGUGUUUGAGAGGAACCAGGAGGAGCUGAGCGACAACAUGGACACGGAGAAGAAGAACAUCAGCCAGUUGGAGGAGGAGAAGAGCCGGCUGACGUGGCUCCUGGAGGAGGAGACGAGGAAGCAGGAGGAGCAUGUGGAGAAGAUGACGUCUGAGAUCAGCAGCACCAGGAGGAGAUACCAGGAGCUCCGAGAGGAGGAGGCCGCAUUGCAAAAGCGUCAGCCCAAGAGCGUAGAUGCUAACUUGCUAAUAAGUCACACGGCUCAAUGUGAGGAGGAGUUCAGACAAAAAGAAACCAAACGGAAGGAGGAGAUAGAGAAGUGCACCCUGGAGACGGAGAGCAUCAUGAGGAGCAACGAGGAGAAGCAGAGGGAGGUGGAGGAGGAGGAGGAGAUGCUGAAGGAGGUGGAAGCAAAGUGGAAUGAAGAGCAAACAAGGAACAAGACGCUUAAAGCUCUAACCUCCGAUUUGAGGAGGAAGAGGAGCGAUUUGGAGCGGUCGAUCGAAGUGAUGAAAGAGGAAACCGUCUGUCUUCUUCAGCCCAAAGACGAGAUGAAAGAGGAGUUGGAGGAGAUGAGAAAAAGCUACAUGGAGGUUCUGGACAAACAGGCGUCAGAGCUGAGAGCCGUGGAGGUGAACGUCUAUGAUAAUAGCGUGAAACUGGAGCAGGUCGGCGUGGAGAACAGCCGGCUGCGUCUCCGGAUCACUCAGAUGAAGGAGGAGGUUCGAGGAGCCGGAGAGGACCGAGACAGAUACCGGCAGGAGGUCCAGCAGUUCAAACAGGACAUACAGGACUUGGUGCAGGGCUUACAGGACGCCUGGAGGGAGGAUUCACUGGUGAGUCAGGACGGUCAGAGCAGAGACGGGGUCCUGUUGGUGUCCAUGGGGGACAUGUUGGACCAGCUGAAGACCAGGAGACAGCAGCUGGGGAGGGUCUGCUCGCUGCUGCACCAACACAUGUUGAACUUCAGCAGACGACUCGGAGAUAAAAGCAUCGAGUCGACAUGAGAGGCUGUAAUUCUGUGUCACAGAGAGAUAAAUGUCUGCUGACCUGUAGUGUUUGUGUGAAUCAAGGUUAUUCUAGUUAAUGAAAACUACCGGAAAAAAAAACAAUAACUAACUGAAACUGUAUUUUGUGGUUACAAAACGAACUAAAACUAUAGUAAAAAUGUCCUUCGUUUUCGUGUUUGUCAACUUUUUUCAUCCGUAAAUCUUUUUGGUUGAUAUGAAAUCUAUUUCAUCUAUCUGGUUUUAUGACUUAAUAAACUUAUUGGGGCUGAGAUGGAUCAGACAAAGGAAAUAAAGGAAACAGUUAUUGUGACUUUUUUUAAACUGGCACCAUUACAAAAAAACUACAUUUAUUUUUAUA